AUGCAUUUCUCAAUUCGCCUUGCGCUCCCUGUGCUGUGUGCCUCGGCCGCUCAAGCAGCGAUUGCCCCCAAGCCUAUUCCUCCUCCAGCGGUCGAUACUUCACAAGCCAUUCAGGGUGCAGCCACCUUCGAGCAAUUGAUCGACCACAAGAACCCAGGUUUGGGAACUUUCUCUCAACGCUACUGGUGGAGCUCCGAAUGGUGGGCUGGAGAGGGUUCUCCGGUGAUCUUAUUCACGCCUGGUGAAUCAGCUGCCGAUGAAUAUACAGGUUACUUGACCAAUCGGACUCUCACUGGCCGAUAUGCUCAGGAAGUCAAGGGUGCCGUAGUGAUGAUCGAACAUCGUUAUUGGGGAGAAUCCUCUCCUUAUGCGGAGUUGACCACCGAGAACCUGCAAGCAUUGACCCUAGAGAACUCGAUUGCGGACCUCAACUACUUUGCCCGAAAUGUUGAGCUUCCCUUCGAUACCAAUGGCAGCAGCAACGCCCAGAACGCCCCCUGGGUCAUGAGUGGUGGUUCUUACAGCGGUGCUCUCGCUGCCUGGACCGAGUCUACUGCCCCUGGAACCUUCUGGGCCUACCACGCGUCCAGCGCACCUGUCGAGGCAAUUUAUGACUACUGGCAAUACUUCUCUCCAGUUCAGCAGGGUAUGCCCCAGAACUGCAGCCGUGAUGUCAGCCGAGUUGUGGAUCACAUCGACAAGAUCAACAAGUCUGGCAACGAGAAGAAGAUGCAAGAACUCAAGGACAUGUUUGGCCUCGGUGAUAUCGAGCACUUUGAUGACUUUGCCAGUGCUCUUGAGAAUGGACCCUGGCUGUGGCAAUCAAACACCUUCUACACGGGCUACUCUGGAUUCUUCCAAUUCUGUGACUAUGUCGAGAACGUUGAUGCUGGACACGGCAAAAUCCCUGGGCAUGACGGUGUCGGUACCAAGAAAGCACUCGAAGGCUAUGCCAAGUGGUUCAAGAGUGUCUAUCUUCCUGGCGCAUGCGCCAAUUACGGUUACUGGUCGGACCCUAUGAGCACCGACUGCUUCAACACAUACAACGCGUCCAGCCCCAUAUUCACCGACGUGAGCUUGAAGAACACCGUAGACCGACAAUGGCAAUGGUUCUUGUGUAAUGAGCCCUUCUUCUAUUGGCAAGAUGGUGCCCCGUCGCACGUCCAGAGCCUGGUCUCUCGCUCCGUCGAUGCCAAGUACUGGCAGAGGCAGUGCUCCCUCUACUUCCCCGAGGUCAACGGUUUCACAUUUGCCAGCGCCAAGGGUAAAGAUGCCGAAGAUGUCAACCAGAAGACCAAGGGCUGGGAUCUGACCGACACCACCCGCUUGAUCUGGGCCAACGGAGAAUUCGACCCCUGGAGAACCUCGGGCAUGUCCUCCGAAUACCGCCCCGGUGGCCCUCUCAAGUCCCGUCCUUCUGCCCCAUUGAACAUUAUCCCAGGAGGCUUCCACUGCUCAGAUCUCAUUCUGAAGAAUGGCGCAGUGAAUGCGGGCGUGCAGAAGGUUAUUGAUGCUGAAGUGGCUCAGAUUAAGACCUGGGUUGCUGAGUAUUACAAAAAAUAA